AUGAGUGACCUUACCGUGGCAACAACGAAACCAACGAAGGAAGGGGGAUCAUCCUCCAUCAAAUGUCCUAUACUAAGUGCUACAAGCUAUACCGUAUGGGCCAUGAGAAUGAGAAUUCUACUCAGGGUACACAAGGUCUGGGACAUUGUGGAAACAGAAGCCGAGGGCGACGAGAGACACGACAUGGCUAUGGCCCUAUUGUUUCAAUCAAUACCUGAGACGCUUAUCUUACAGGUCGGCGAGCUUGACACGGCAAAGAAAGUAUGGGACGCAAUCAGGGCGAGAUACGUUGGAGCGGAGAGAGUUAAGGAAGCUCGAUUGCAGACACUAAUGGCGAAAUUUGAUCGUCUCAAGAUGAAAGACACCGAGACAAUAGAUGAAUUUGUUGGAAAACUAUCUGAGAUAUCAUCAAAGUCUGCUAGUUUGGGUGAAGAGAUUGAAGAACCUAAGAUUGUUCAGAAGUUUCUGAAGUGUCUUCCCCGAAAGAAGUAUAUUCAUGUUGUGGCUGCAUUAGAGCAGGUUCUGGAUCUCAAAACAACUACAUUUGAGGACAAUGAGUCACAGUCACAGUCUUAA